AUGGCCCUCACCAACCCCCCGAUCGCGACCGCAGCGGCGACCGCAACAGCAGCGGCGGCGGCGGCAGCCCACCACCUCAUCCUCCACCCGGUCCCGAAACCCAUAACCUUUCUCGAAUUCUUCGACGCCCUCCGCGCCGCCACCCCGCCGCGCUUCCCACACGCCCGCACCGCCCAGCCGCGCCGCAUCGGCCUCGCCGUGUCAGGCGGCGUCGACUCCAUGGCCCUCGCCUACCUCUUUAACCAGCUGCGCGAGAUCAACCCCCUCAUGCGCGUCGUCGAUAACCCGCUGGCAAAAAUAUCAGCCUACGUCAUUGACCAUGGCCUGCGCGAGGGGUCCCGCGAGGAGGCUCUGGCCGUCGUGAAGGAGUUGCGGAAUUUCAAGCAUAUCCGGCCGCAGUGGGACACGGUGAAUUGGAAGGCUGAGGGUGUCACGGGCGAUCCGAAUCUGUUGCCCAACGUCGAGAGCCUCGCGAGGAGGGUGCGGUACAGGCGGUUGGGCACGCUGUGUCUUGCGAUGCACGUUGAGAGUAUCUUUCUUGCGCAUCAUCAGGACGAUCAGUACGAGACCGUGCUGAUGAGGCUCCUCGCCGGCCACGGCAGCCGUGGGCUAAGAGGGAUGCUUAAGGCCGGGAAUAUACCAGAGUGCUACGAUAUGCACGGCGUCUACGAGAGCGGACACGUCGACGACCAGAUGAUGCGCAUGCCGCAGAUAAGCUUCCGCCCGCCGAAACGGGAUUGGAGGCACAUGCGGCGACAGCUCGUCUCGGAGCUGGAUCUGGAGUUAUACGGCGCCGAGCUGAGGGCGGGUCUACAGACGGGGUGGCAUGAGGGCCCUUAUGUCGGCGGUGAAGACGACAGCUCUGGAAGCGACUGGCUCUUCUCCGCUGCGAGUUCAGCGUCCGCGAAAGCGAGGGCCGCGGCGGCGGCGCGGAACACGACGAGGAUACGCACCGAGGAUGCCGGGGUGAUGAUCUAUCGCCCGCUGCUCGAGUUCAGCAAGGACCGGCUGAUUGCGACGUGCGAGGCGAAUAACGUGCGCUGGUUCGAGGACGCUACUAAUAAAGACGUGACGCUGACGACGAGGAACGCGGUGCGGCACAUGGUGCGAAAUCACCGUCUGCCCGUGGCGCUGCGCAAGGAGAAUGUGCUGAGGAUGUCGGCGCGGUGUGGGGCGAAGCUGAGGGGUCUGGAGCAGGAGGCUGAGCGAUGGAUCAAGAGGCAGGCAGUGGCAGAGUUUGAGCCGAAUGUCGGAACGCUUGUCAUUCGGCUUCCUGACCUGGGUGUCUUUGGACCUGGUCCCGGACGCGGGCGCGAGAGGGGCAGGAAGUCGGCGAACGACGGCGUAAGGAGGGAGCUCCGGCUCGCGCAUCGGAGGGCCGUCGCGGGGUACGUCGUAAAAAGACUCGUGGCCUUCGUCUCGCCCGACCGGAACCCGCCUCAGCACACGUCCCUCCAAAACAUCGUCGCCAAACUCUUUCCCACCCUUGUGGAAGGCUCUCUCUCAAUUUCAACACCUCCAUCGGUACCAAGAGCCUUCAAUCAAGCCUCCAUCCUCUUCCUCCCCCUCGCCCCCUCGAAAUGGUACCUUGUCCGCGAACCCUACCCCUCCUUGCACCCGCUCCCGCAAACGACAUUCACGACGACCUCCAACAUCAGCGACAAGCACCGCCACCCGACCUUCCCGCCCACGCAGUGGGAGUCGCCUGAGGACGCAGAGUACAUGUCGCGAGAGCGGCUCGCCGCACUGGACCGCCUGCCGCUCCCGCAGCCGCGGUUCCGCGAGACGAGGAGGUGGUACGCCUGGCGGCGCUUCAAGCUCUGGGACGGGCGGUUCUGGAUCCGGGUGAGGGGGCGGGUCAAGGCGUAUUUCCGGAUCGCGCCGUUUGCGCCGAUUCACGGCAAGGCUUUUCGGGAGGGUCUUGGCGGCGGUGGGGGUGAGGCUGCCGCUGCUGCUGCUGACGGUGUAGAAGAGGGGCAGAAGCAAGACAGUAAAGACAAGGAGGAAGAAGUGGUUCACGCCGCGCCUGGACUCGGCAUUACUGGCGGUCGCGGCAGCAGCAGCGGCACCACUAUGAGCGCCGCCGAGCGCAGGGCAGAGUUUGAGGGCAUACUGAAGCGUUUCGCGCCGGGUAAAGUGCGGUAUACGCUGCCGGCGCUGUAUGCCGUCAACCGCGACGAGAAGACAGGCGAGGAGGUGCUGAGGAUGCUUGCCCUACCGACGUUGGGCGUUGGAUUACCUGGCCUCGAGAGGUGGGUUCAGUAUGAGGUGCGGUACCGCAAGGUCGAUAUGGGCCUGUUUGAGCGCGAGAUGAUGGGUGGUGGGGGUCGUAUACGACAGGGACGGAGCGGUGGCGGGAGUAGUAGCGGCAGUGGGAGUGGCAGUGGAAGUGGUGGUAGAAGCCAGAGCAGCAGCGGCGCCUCCAUUGGCGGCGCUGUGUUAAGGAGGCAUGUUUUGGCGGAUAGCACGGCGGAGGAGAGAGUUUGGAAGCGGAUUAGCGGAAUGAGAAGGAAGAAGAGGAUGAUGACGGCGGCGAUGCGGAAGAAGCAGGCUGAGGACAAGGAGACGAGAGCGAGUGUUGGUUUGAGGUCUGCUUGA